AUGUGCGGUUUUGGUUUCAUGGCUUACGGUUUUGAUUGCUGCCAUCGCUCAAUUGAUUUUUCACUAAUGCCAUCGAUUGGCAAACAAACCGAAAUAAAAGUGAAAUGCAAAGCAUUAAAAAAAGCAGAACUUAAACGCCAAAAUAAACAAUUUGUCAAGCCGAUGUGUGCGUGUGUGCGCGAUGUGUGUUUGAGCCAAACAAUUCAAAAAAUCGACGAGAGAUGA